UCUGAAAUGAUUGUUUUAAAAAGCCUAGCGGCGGCGGCAACAACAUCUCAUCCGUGAUGCUUUAGUUUUACAGAUUGAAACUCCAGGAGAUAAGAGAAGAACGCCACUUUCAGCUGCCUCAUCCCAGUGAGUUACAGGCACUUGUGGAGUUGGCAAAGUAAGCAUUAAUUGCCAGAGGCCCCCUGGUUCCUUGCAUAUCGAACCUGUUUAUUUUCUGACGGGCACCCUGCCGCUCUUUGGAAUGGCACGUCACCUGCUGCAUCUACAAAGCCCUAGCCAGUGAAAAUCCCAGGGAACCAUUCAAAAAGAGACUUCUGGGACCAGUGGAAUUAAUUAGCAAGCUGCAAACUGGCCAAGCAUGAUGUGCUUUUGGGUGAAUGCACUGUAAGAUGAAUUUCACUUACCACUAUGGAGUUCACCGGCCUCUUCAUGCAUGGAACCACAGCUAUGGACUACAUCACAGUGAGCUGAAUAGAUCGGUGGGAAAAGGCUACUCUUCAGAAGGGUGUUACGAGCAACUUUUUGUCUCUCCAGAAGUAUUUGUCACCUUAGGCUUUGUCAGCUUGCUAGAGAAUGUGCUGGUGAUCGCAGCCAUAGCCAAGAACAAGAAUUUGCAUUCCCCAAUGUACUUUUUCAUUUGCAGCUUAGCAGUGGCCGACUUGCUGGUGAGCAUCUCCAAUGGAUCGGAAACCAUCGUCAUCACCCUGUUGAAUAAUACGGAGGCUGAUGCACACAGUUUCACCGUUAGCAUUGACAAUAUCAUUGACUCGGUGAUUUGCAGCUCUCUCCUGGCCUCCAUUUGCAGCCUGCUUUCUAUAGCCGUGGACAGGUAUUUCACAAUCUUCUAUGCCCUCCAGUAUCACAACAUCAUGACAGGGAGGCGCGUCGGUAUAAUCAUCACCUGUAUCUGGGCAGCUUGCACAGUUUCGGGUGUCCUGUUUAUUAUUUAUUCCGACAGCAGUGUUGUCAUCAUUUGCCUCAUCGCCAUGUUCUUCACCAUGUUAGUCCUCAUGGCAUCUCUCUACGUCCACAUGUUCAUGCUGGCCCGGCUGCACAUGAAAAAGAUUGCAAUUCUUCCCGGCACCGGCCCAAUUCGUCAAGGUGCCAAUAUGAAGGGAGCCAUCACUCUGACCAUCUUGAUUGGAGUCUUUGUGGUGUGCUGGGCCCCACUCUUCCUCCACUUGCUUUUCUACAUUUCAUGCCCUCAUAAUCCCUACUGCAUCUGUUUCAUGUCCCAUUUUCACUUGUACCUCAUCCUAAUUAUGUGUAACUCCAUUAUCGACCCACUUAUUUAUGCAUUCCGAAGCCAAGAGCUGAGAAAAACCUUCAGAGAGAUUAUGUGCUGCUGUAGCCUGAAAGAGUUAUGUGAUUUCUCAGGCAAAUACUGAAUGCAUAUGAAGAAGCUACCGCAGAAAGCCGUCUGCCUCAUAGACCGAUGUCUCCUCUAGUGCUGCUGAGCAUCUGGCUACAUCAGUCACAAGGAAUAUAUUUUGAACUGCACCUGGUACCUGAAUGGUUGUUUCUGUACUAAGCUUACAAACUAUAAAUGUAAUCAUUUCAAGGUUAAAGUGAAGUUAGUGGUGGUUAGCAACAACCCAGCAGGCUGUCAGGCAUGGAAAGUGCCCACGUAUUUUCAGAAUGGUGAGAGAGCAAUGAAACUGUGCUUAGGAACAGGAAGAAGUGUAUUACACAAAACGAAGUCCUAUGCUUUCCUCAGCUAUUUAUAUUCAAAAUUUGCACGGUCUUGCAUGUGUAUGGUUAAGUCAAAUGAGAGUUUAUUAGAAAGUUGUGUUUUAUGUCACAUUUGUUCAAAUGAUUGCUAAAGAAUCGCAUCGUGCGUCUUGAUCUCAAGGCAACAGCCCCAAUCAAGACAAAAUGUCACUCAGCUGGAGUCAAUUACUGUGGCUGAUCUGCUCUGGGAAAUUGGGAACUGUACUUUGAAAGGUUGCUUUUUGAAUAUGACAGUAAGAUAUAUAUUUGGUAUGUGUGCAUUUUACUUACUCAGUUGAAACAAUUUUCUACUAAGUUGUCUAGUUAACAUGCAGCUAAACAUGCAUAAUUCAAUACACAAAGUAAGUUGCCCUGAAAAUGUACAAGAGAAAAGUCUGUUAGGGCAAAAAGAGAGAGAGAGAGAGAGAGAGCUGAGGCAAGGAUAGCCUUAUUCCUUAUCCUUUACUGAAAGGAAGCAUGAAAAGUGCAAGACCGCUGUUUAAAAACCACGUGAAAACAAAUGCACCAGAGAAAGGCAACAAUAAAAGUACUCUGUUUUAAACACCAACCAAAUGGGGUACAAACUAAAUAUUUAGCAUUGAUUUCAGAGCACAGACUAUUUAACCUUUAAUUCACUUUUGAUGCAGCUCGGUAGAUAUGACCUUAUCGUCAAUUUGAGUGAGACAACCACUUCUGAAAAGCAGUUUGAGUUGUUCUUAUACAAUUGUUAUUAUUAUUGGUAGUAGUAGCAGUAGUAUAUGUAUUUUUUCCCCCUCAGAGGGGGAGAAGUACUACUUUUUUUGCCUCAAGGAUGUGUAGGGGGAAAAAACGCAAGUGAAAUCCUCAUUGUUGAGGUGCUAAGUUCUUGUACUUACCUUAGCAUCCAAGAGGUAUGGAUGAAUAUCCAGUCUUUCAGCAUACAAUCAUCUCUCCACCAGUCUCUACCCAUCCUUGAUGCUUAUGCUUCAGUUAAAUCCAAGACCACCUUAACAUCAGAAUAUCUUGCCUGAAACACAUUGGUAGUGCUGCCUCAGCUGACCAAAGGUCUGAAUUCUCACCAGGAUUUUGGAAAGUUAUCAGAUAAAUUAUCCUUCCCCACCCGACCCCAAUGGCCUUCAUUUUUAAGACUUUAAGACUCAAAGCAGUAGUAACCAGAUAAAGUAACAAACUGCAAAGAACAGUCGUACAUGCAAGGGAAAUAACAAAGCCAUACUUCUAUGUAUCAAUACCAUUUAAGAGAAUUAACCAUUGUGCAGAAGUCAUACAGAAAUCAGGUCCUUUCAAGUACAUUGAUGUCAGCUUGAUAAAGCACUGUAUAUUGUUUAAAUAACAGCACAAAAGCUAUCAAUAAAUACAUUUGGCUGUGUUUGUCCAUCAGCUGCGCAGUCUUAUUGAGUCAAUUCCUUUUCAAUCAAAGCUAAAAUCCAUUUCUUUGUAUACUACUGAGCAAGAGUAAAAACAUCAUUAUUCACCAUUUAAGAGCAAUUCUUCAAUGUGCUGCAAUCAUCCUGCUGCCACUAUAUCAAAAUAAUAAGAGGCCACCCACAAGUCACUAAUAGAGCAGUCCUCAGGGGUGAGAAAAGGAGGAGCUGAGGUGGAGGAACCACAGUUUCCAAUCUUUUAUUUAUUUACACCAGCAGAACAAGAGGGAUACAACUUUUAUUUGGCCAUAUCACCCGAUUCCCACCCAUUAUUCCAGUGAGAGGGAAAUGAAUUAUAGGAAAGCAUCAGGCAUGUAGCAGGAAUUUGUAUCCCUACGUAGCGCCCAUGGAAUAUCUUCUUUUUGUGCUUUUCCAAAAUGUCAGCUGAGCAUUCUCCUGUAGUUUGGGAGUUGAGUACCCUGCACCAAAGCAAACCUGUCAUGAGUUCAGAGGGGAAAAGCUGAAAAACCAUACAAAAGAGGCCAUCCUUACAAAGUUAUUGAGAAAACUUCCAUGCCUGGGAAAUACGACACUUUGAGGUACCUGAACCCAGAAGCCUAUUCAGUUAAAGCAUUUAUAGACCUUUUUUUUAGUUUUUUGUUGCAGAAUUACAAACAUCUCUAUGAACAAUUUGUCAUAUCAGGAACAUUGAGGAUUCUGCACAUGCUCACACCUCAUACCUAUGCUGUGUCACCAUGACAUGAUACAUAAACGUGAUUGUGGUCUGAAAAAACAUAACAGCCCCAUAUUCUUCAGUUUCUGGGAAUACUGAUGGUUAGAUUUUGUGUUUUUACUUAUCUCUACAUCUGAUAGAGCCUUCAUACUCAAAGCAGCAAAAUGCCGUUUUAAUUGGGCAUAAGUAUUGAUGCAAAUGGUUUUUAUAAAGCAAGCAUUACAGUAUUUUCGUAUGUCUCAUCACAAGAGAAUAGAAAAUGGGUGGACAUUACAGGGAUGAUCAUAUUUAACCUUUACAAAGUAUAUUAAAUGUACAAGACUGUAGAACAGUAUAUGGAAAUAUAUUAUUACGACUGUGAAUGCCUUUGCAAUGUUUAUUUUACAUUGAUGAAAAGUGAAAUCAGUUAAUACAUGAAUAAAAUUA